CAACCAGCGGAGCCGUUCAGUGCGAGUCGAAGAUUCGAGCGCGCAAGAUCGCGUAAAAUUGUCGUUAUUCCGGAUUCUUCAGUUCAGUGAAGCGCGAAUAAGUGUUGCAUUUUGAGGGAACGCUGCCUGUGAGAAAAAAAACUGUAAUACCUGUGAAUAGGAAUUCGUGAUUAUCGUUAGAAAAAAAAAAGAAGGAGAAUAAUUUAAAAACAGGGAAAAAUCAUCUUUAUAUUCAUCAUUACAUUUGAAGACCAGCACAAGUCGGGAAAGAUCAGCGAUAAUGAGCUGGACGAGCCAUCUGAUUACAAUUCUAGUCGUGACAGUGUUCGCGCAAAUUGUUUUAUCCGCACCGGCACCACAGUUUCUGACCUUCCAAGAUGGUAAAUUUGGCGUUAACUUUGGCGGUUACCACGCCGAGGCCGGCCUUGGAGGCCUUCUAACAGGCAAUGCGGCUCACGGAGGACUGUCGGCUUCGGCCGGAACACCCUACGGACAGCAGGCAGGCGCCGGAAUCGGUGGCAUCGCGAGCGGAAACGAACGCACUGCGGGUGGAGCUUAUGCUGGUGCCACUGCCGGUCAUGGAGUGGGAGCAAGUGCAGCCAUCGGAGGAGGAUUGGCUGGAGAAGGUGGAGCUGGAGGAGUUGGAGCAGAAGCACACGCAGCAGGAGUCAGCAAGAAGGUGGUUCGACUGGGACAAACUAACGGAGCCGAUGCACCAUCUGAGGCCGUUUUCGAGAGCGAGACCGCUCCUGCCAAAAGCCCAUCAGUUAGUACGCGAUUCAAUCAGGAAAACGAUGGUAAAUCGAAGACCAAAACUAAAACCUACGUGAAGGAAGUAAAUACCGAUAUUUCAGCUCAUCAUCCGGUCCAUACCCGCACGAAAACUUUCUACAAGAAGAAAAUCAUCAGCCGGCCACACAAGGUAGCAACAGAUGAUAAUUUCAACGGCCACCACGGGAUUCAAAGUGAGACGCACGUUUAUAACAACGGGUUCGAUCUCAAUCGGUUUUUCGAUUUUCAAACAUUCUCCAAUCUGGCCGCUACCUAUGCCCAUCCACCAGUUCAGACAUCCAUAUCAUCAGUAGCAACGACUAGCCAUGUAGAACACAAAGGUCACACGGCAAACACUGAAUUGACAAAAGAGGUUUCGGAAGACGACAAAAACAACGACAAUGAGUUUCAACCGCCCAAUAAAACAUCAGUAACAUCGAUAGCAACCACCAGUCAUGGCAAAGGCAAAGAUCAAAAGCCCAAUACUGAGUUAAACAAAGAGGUUUCGAAAGACGAGCAGAACAACGGAAAUGGGGUUCAGCCACCAAAUAAAACUUCUGUAACAUCCAUUGCAACGUCCAGCCGUGGGAAAGAUAAAGAUCAAAAGCCCAAUACUGAACUGAACAAAGAGGUAACGAUAGAUAGAAUUUUCAACUCCAUUGAGGUUCAACCACCUGUAAAGACAUCAGUAACAUCCAUAGCAACGACUAACCAUGUGGCAGACAAAAGUCAAACGUCGAAUACCGAACUUAACAAAGAGGUUGCGACAGGUACAACCAUCUACGCUCAUGGGGUUCAACCGCCUAUAAAGACAUCGGGAACAUCGAUAACAUCCAUAACAACGAUCAGCCAUAGGGGAGACAAUAAAGAUCGAUCUAAAAAUACUGAACUGAACAAAGAGGUUCACCUGAAUAACCGCCAAGACACAAACGGCCAAUCGUCGGGCUCAUCUCAAACGACAACGACGAUCACAGGCUCCUCCUCUCACGGUACAAACUUCUGGAAUGACAUUUUCAAUAUUCCGAUUGCGACACUGAGCGCCGUCAACCAGUUUCUUAACAACAAGUCCGGAUCCGGAACCGUACAAGUUCACAAACAUACGGAAAUAGUUCACGGAACUGCUUAAUAGGCAGUUGGAACAGCCGCAUAGCAUCAUCAUUUGAGUGGCUCUAUAAAACAAAAUAAACCCAACGUAUUUAAAUUCUGGUUCAUCUUUUGAGAUGAAAGCUAAUGUAGGUCCAAUAAAAAUCGACAAACACUGAA